AUGGCCGACAGACACAACGGUGCAACCGUGACUAUUGAAAUGUUAUUGAUUUUGUAAAUAAUUAUUAGUUUAAUUGUAAUAACAUGUUGAAUAUUAAAAAAAUCGCACAUAAAAUUCUAAAUGUUUUUUGUAUUCUAUAGAUUUUAUUUAUUAUUGACUAUUUGUCAUGAGUUAUUCCUCAAUGGAAAACAUGAGGAAUCGGUUAAGGAAAUAAAAGACGUUUUAGAAUACAUGGAUUCGUGUACGUUCGAUGGGACACAUAAACAAUAUUCAACCGUUUACCACCAUAUUGCACGUUCGACGUUUGCAUAUAUUGCUUUAGCGAUGAACAUUAACUCAGAAAAGAUAAAUUUGUACACUUAUUCCAGCUAUAUAACAGUGCUACUUACUUUUUAUUAAAAUUUAAAACGUUGUUCAAAUAACGAGAAGAUAUAGUGGCGAGGAGGAAGAUGAUAAUUUAGAGUUUGACGAGUGACAUUGAGGAAGUACAUUAUUAUAUGCAAAGUCUAGGUUCAUGUCUAUGAAUUCAAUAUUAGUUCCUUGUCUCGUCCUCAUACUAUAGUUUCGGGUUCCGUUUCCGUGGCUUCUUAAAUUGGAAUAUAGACAUUAAACGAUCGUUUAUGUACGAAACUCGGUCGUUUGUACACAAUCGGUUUCGAAGUUACCUAUUCAAGAAACAAAUUGUGCUCAAUUUCAUGUCUCUCCCAAAGUCGAAUUUGGAAAUUUUGUUUGAGCCAAUCAAUCAAUUGUGUAGCAUCGUUCGUGAACAAUUCGUUUCGAAGUUAUUUAAGAAACAAAUUGGGGAGGAUCGUAUUUUAAUUUAAUAAAUAAUUUAAUUUAUUUACAAUAUAUUUUUUUUUUCGAGGCCCUUGAGACCAUCUUCCCACAACAGAAAUCAUCUUUCAUUCUUCUUUAUACACUUCCUUUCAAACCAGGUCUCCAUAAUUUUGUCCUCCGACAUAUAGACAAUUUGUUGCCGAUUCUGUUAAACUGCCACAUAAGUCUUCUGCCUUUUAUUCCUCUUCCCCUAACAGAACUAUUUCGUCUGAACAGAUGAGCAGACUGAUGAAGUUCUAUCAAUUAUUUAUCCAUUAUUAUCUUAAAUUAAAAAUGAUUUAAUUAUUUAUUUAUUUAUUUAUUUGUUUACAAUAUAUUUAAUUUAUUUUAUUUUAGAUAAAUGAAAAUAUUAAACCAGCAAUUGAAUUUAAUCAGGAAGAAAAAUCAGCGGUGUGUGCAAUUAAAGCCUACGUGUUUAUGAAGAAUCCACCAAAAGGAAAUUUCAUUGGAUUAAAAUUUGCUAAUGAAGCUCGCAAACUUAAUCCUACCGAACCUGAAUGGAUAUGUAUUUGGUUGUUAGUAAAAGGCCGAGUCAGACGUUAUAAUGUCAUCAAAUUCAGUAAACAACCGGAUACAUGUGAAAUAGAUGCUGUCGAACAACUAUUGAGUAUAGAAAACCCAAAACCUCGGUAUUUGUAUCCAGUUUUUGACGUUUAUAAUGAAGUAGCAUCAUAUUAUUUUAGACGUAAUCCCAACUGCAGUAUAGCUGAUAAAUAUUAUAAGCUCUCAAUAAAAAUAAUAAAGUAAAUACAAAUUUUUAAAAUAAUAAUCUUAUACAUAAUAUUAUGAAAUAUAUCUUUUACAUGUGUAUAUUGUGUAUAAUAUAUAUUAUUAUGUCUAUUAUAGGUAAUUAUAAAAAAGUUUAAAAUAAGUACCUUAUUUCAAAUAAAUUUAAUAAUCAUCUACAUACAAAAUACAAAUGGAAUUAUAAAAGAAUUGGUACCUGGAAUGUGAGAGUCCUCAGAAGAUAUGAAAAUGGAACAUUUUAAAAUCUUAAACUGGAAAUGAAAAAACUUAAUAUAGACAUUCUUGGUGAAUAAGUAAAAUAAGAUGGCUUAAAUGCAGUGUUUUUGAUGCGACGAACAAAAAUGUUUGCACAUAUGUUCAAAUGAUAGACACUAAUCAGUAAGCUUCAUUAUGAACAAUGUGUCAAAAGAUUUAUGAGCUAUUACCAAUACACUGAUAAAUUGGCCAUAGUAAAAUUGUAUUAACAUAGCGAUUAUUCCAGUAUCAAUGCCAACAAUAACGCAUAAUGACAAGAGAAUCAAAGAAGUGUAAGAAAAAAAAGAUGAGAAUCGAAGUAUGACAAGAUCUGAAGAAAUCGUCAUUAUUUAGGCGAUUGGAAUGCAUCAAUAGGAGAGCAGAACGACAAAUAUAUAGUAAGACACUAUAGACUAGGAUAAAUAAAUGUAAUAGGUGAGAAAUUCAUACAAUUCUGAACGCAACACAAGCUCAUAUUAGCAAACACACUAUUUAAGAACCACGAACGAAGAAAAUAUACGUGGAAAACUCCCAAAUAUAUAGCAUAGUAUCAAAUUGAUUAUAUUAUGACGAAACAAAGAUUUGUUAGAACUUUAGAAAUUUAACAAAACUACAAACACAUCAGAAAUUCGAUGCAAAUAAAAUUAAAAGAAGCCAAAGAAAAAAAGUAAGAUAACCAAUGUACAAUAGUGGAAGAAUACUUAAAAAUAUAACACAAAAUGGCCAUAGCAAAGCAUAUAUAAUCUGAAGAAUUUCACAGACAAAAAAAGUAAAGAAUACAUGACCCAGAUAAUAAAGUAUAUGAAUAAAAUAAACUUCAAGAACCUGAAAGAAUUCAGUUACAACAGAACACCAUGGAGAGUUGCAACAAACUAAUCAAUGGAUAAAUAACAAAACAAAAUAAUAAUAAUAAUAAUACAAAUUAAAUUUAAGUCUUAAGUUUUUUUCAUUCAACAAAGUAUAUUUGACGUAUUUUAAUAGGUAAAAUUAUGUUGUCUUUAACACUCAGAUCAUAUUUGAUCUCGUGUCAAGUUUUAUUCAAUUAAACUGACUCUAACUUCUAAUCUAAAUAAUUAAUAUUGAAUGAUUAAUUAUUUAUUCUUGGUAUUUAUAGAAAAGCACUUAUGUUAUUGGAUGGAAUUAAUGACAACCAACUAUGUUACUUUACUUUGAUAUAUAUUCAAAUUCCAGUAAAAUUCCAUUCAAAAUCAUUGACUGAUCAAACAAUUGAAAAAUUAUAAUGCUGACUUUGCUUUAGGAUUGUAUUAUUUCCAAAUUGAACAGGUAAUAUAGUAUAUUAUUUAAAACUUAUUAUUAAAUAAAUACUAUUUAUAUAAGUUUUAUUUUUAAGGACUACAAAACAGCGAAAAGGUAUUUUUCACGGGCAAUGGUUGUAGGUGGUACAUUCAGAUGUGCCAUUACAUUGUUUAAAGUUGAGUGUUUAUUACAACCUACUGGACAAUUUCCAUUUGUACAGACGUUAAAUAUGAUUUACGAUACUUUCAUAUCUCCGGAAAGAAGACUCAUUAUUUUAUGCCUCAUACUGAUAUAUUAUCAUAGUUGUGAACGUAAUGAACAAGAAUUGAUGCAUUAUUUAAAACUUUACAUGGAUCAAGAUACUGACAAUGAUAAAAAACGAUUACAGUUAUAUGUGAGUAUCAUACUGUAGCACGUUACGAUUAAAACAUAAACAUAAACGUGUGUAAUUAGAGUACAAAAUUACAAACCGUAAAAACUAUGGUAGGUGGGUAGGUAAAAUUGUGGUAGGCAGAAAAAUAUUGAUAAACCAUAAUUUAAUUUAUUUUUAACCUAAAUUCUAAGUAGAUGUAUAAAGGCAUAGUAAUAUUUAAUAAAUAAUAAAGUUAAAACAAAAUUAUUAAAAUGGUUAAGAUUCGUAAAUAAAUAUAUAUAAAUAAACAAUUUGUAUAGAGAAAUAAAAAAUAAAUAAAUGAAUGAACGGGUUGCCUGGAGUUUUAUGAUAAGUGUAUUAUACGACCGGUUUAUGGUUAAAGACCAAUUGUAUCACUAUUUUUUUUUUUCUAUGUAUUCCUUCAUUUAUUUUUUUAUAUUCAGUCGCAUUUUACAUUUUAACUGUGGUAUACCUGAUGAUGAAUUUUUAAUUCGAAACCUGUCGUAUAAUACACUCAUCAUAAUAUUCCAGGUGACGCAUUCAUUCAUCCAUUUUUUAUUUCUAUAUAUUUAUUUACUAUAUUUAUUAAUAUUCCUUAAUAUACUUUGAUUAUAAUUUCAUUGUCUUUAUAUACAAUUUUUAUAGGCAAUUAUGGGCAAUAUAAAUUACAUAAAAUAAUUAAUCAAUUUAUAAAAUAUACCUAUUACCCUCCUCCUACAUAUGAAUAAUAAUAUUAUUACUAUUAUUAUUCUAUUAUAUUUAAAUAUCUAAUAACAUACACUUACGAGCAAACUCUAAAGCUACGUUUAAAUUUUAGAUUUCAUGUAGAGUGUAUUCCUCAAACAUGGCAAUUUCAUUGCCUAAUGUCCGUUUCGGAUAUCAGGACAAUUUUAGUAGUUUAAAAACGUACACCUUUGAUUUUCAGUAGAUAUCACACUCGUUAACAAAUAUCAAAUUUUUAAAUUUAAAAUUAAUUUUCCUAUAUCCCAUACUUUCCAAACUUCCAUGUACAACAAUGGUCCAUGGUAGUGGUAUGUCGACCAUUUUAUUAUUGUAGUUUAUUAGAUUUUAUUUAUUAUAAUUUUCUCGGAUGACUUAAAAUUCAUUAUGUACCAUAAUAUUAUUUAUUUAGUAAAUAUAUCAACAUAUAGACAUAAAUUAUAGGCAGGCAAUAUUAAAUACACAUUUAUUAAUCGAUAUUUCUCUAAAUAUAUUUUAAGUCUACAAUUGUGAAUCAUAAGUAAAAAUAUUAAAAUUGUUUUAAUAAUAAUUGUAAUUUUUAGACAGCUAAAUCAUGUUUCAAGAACAUCUGGUUUAUAAAAGGACAAUUCCUUGCAGAAUUAGCUUUAUACGUUGAAAAUAUUACAAAUACUUAUGAAUGGAAUUCAAAAGAAAAACAAAUUGUUAACGAUACAUAUAAUCGUUUCAUUGAAAUGUUAAAGGCAAACAAUAAGGAAGACAGUAAAAAUAAAGAUAAAACAUUACAACAUAGUAGAGUCAAGGAAUUAUGUUGGCGGACGAAGCAAGACGAAUCUGUGAAAUAUGAAAAUACGUCUUUAAAUGAGGUUAAUAAUCAAGAGAAAAAUGGAUCAUGUAAAAGUUCAAAUAAAAGAAAUGAUUUGCAAAGUUCUAAUGAAGAUAAAAUCCUAAGUUGGCGAAAUAACAAAGGCGAUCGAGUUUAUAGAAACGAAUUUCAAAAGACUGUGACUAACAAUCCAUCAGCUGGCUAUAGUAAAUCAGAUGAACAAAAUGAAGGGAAUGGAAAUUGGACAGAGAACCGUACAUACACCAAUAAUUCUAUUUUCGGUCCUCGGCGCAAUUCAAAACCAAUCUCAAAGUUUCCAUCAAAUUCGUCAAGAUAA